ACCUCAUCGCACCUCUUUGACUAUGGCUCUACUGCCAACGGCGGUGACAGCUCCUUCUACACCUCUCUGAUCUCAGAUGUCCACUACACCACCCCGAGGGACUCCACCUAUUUAAAAAAAACAGCAGGAAAACAGCCCCAUUCCCUGCUCGGGCAGCACAGAAGGGUUUAACACACUGGGGCAUCCUGUUCAAGAUGUGACUGGGUUUGAGUCCCGUGGCUUGUUUAGCUCAGAUUCGGGAAUAGAGAUGACUCCUGCAGAAUCUACUGAAGUUGAUAAAACCUUAGCAGAUCCCAUGAAAGUAGAAGCUUAUAAAUACAUGGACAUAAGUAGAUCAGAAGAAAUAAAAUACCAAGAAAAGCAUGACCCUGACUCAGAAGAUGAGAGUCCGGGCCUUAUUGAUAAGUACCAGGGAAUACCCACCAGGACGAAGACAGUCAAUGAGCAAGACCUGCUUGAAGACACAAGGUCUGGAGAUCAGCAUAGUGCCUCCAUGGUUACAGCCCCUGUCAAGAUCACACUCACCGAGAUAGAAAGCGCUGGGGAAGCUGCCAGCAAAAAGUCGAGCCCAACUCAACUGGAGACCGGCCUGAAGCCGAGCUGUGAGGUGGUACCAACAGUGACAGUGUCAGAGCCAGAAGAUGACAGCCCAGGGUCUGUCACGCCACCAUCCUCUGGCACAGAACCGUCUGGCUCAGAGUCGCAGGGCAAAGGCAGCCUGUCGGAAGAUGAACUCAUCAGUGCCAUCAAGGAAGCAAAAAGCUUUUCUUUUGAGAAUGCAGAUGUGCAGCGGUCACCAGCCCCUUCUGUUGAGAAGAGAGACCAGCGGGUGAAACCUGGGCGUCCCACUGUCUCCUCACCCCUGGAUAAUGAAGCCAGCAGCGCCGAGUCAGGGGACUCAGAGAUCGAGCUGGUCUCAGAGGACCCACUGGCUGCCGAGGACGUGCUGCACUCCAACUACAUGACCUUCAGCCACAUUGGAGGGCCCCCUCCAUCGCCCGCCUCCCCCUCCAUCCAGUACAGCAUCCUACGGGAGGAGCGGGAGGCAGAGCUUGACAGCGAGCUCAUCAUUGAGUCCUGUGACGCCUCGUCAGCCUCUGAAGAGAGCCCAAAGAGGGAGCAGGACUCCCCUCUGAUGAAGCCCAUGGUCAUGGACAUUAUCAAGGAAGAGAACAGCUCGCGCACUGAUGCCUCAGACUACGAAGCAAGUAAAACGACAGAGAGCAGGAUGAACAGGGAAAACCUGGCAGAGUCCACAUCCUACCUGAAAUGCUCCUUUGUUGCACCAAAAGUAGGUGCUGAGCCCCCGACAUCUGCCGUCAGCACCGAGGAGCUGAAGGAAAGAAUAAUACUGAAGAAACCCAUAGAAGAAACUGUUGUUAACCAAAGUAAAGUGUCUUCCAAGGACUCUGGCAAAAGAAGUCCCUUGGCUUCACCCCUACUGCCGUUUUUAAAUAAGCAGAAAG